CCUUGUCAAUGACUUUGCGGAAAGGAACAGAAGACAUCCGACCGUCACAUCAAUCAGCUGAUCCUUACUCAUUCUUCAGUGACAGUGUGUAAGUGCAAUACAGCAGUGUAAGUUUAGACAACACCAACUUGAAUUUCAAAAGAUUUUACUGUAGUUUAUAAGAAGGCCAGAAGGCUAUAAAUAUUUUCAGUUCCAAAGUGGACUGAGACAGGAGUGGACACAGGUUUUCACAGUUUCAUCAAUUGUUGACUUGAUGUUUCCAGCCAUGAAGACAAUUUUCCUCUUGGUUCUUUGCUUUACACUCAGUAUGUCGGCUGAAUGGGAUAUUUUUACGUUUACUCAGGAAUGGCCUACCACUGUGUGUGUUCAGGGAGAGCAAGAGCACCAUAGGUGUGUGAUACCUGAUGGUGUAUCAACUUGGUCUAUACAUGGUCUCUGGCCUACAAAGUUUGGAACAGAAGGUCCAACAGACUGCAGACAAGUGCCAUUUGAUGCUAACAUCAUUAAGAAUAUGACAUCAGAGUUAAGCAAGUUUUGGGCUAACAUGUACGCUGAUACUAGUGAUACCAGUUUCUGGGAGCAUGAAUGGACUAAACAUGGAACUUGUGCUAUGGAUUUACCAGCAACUGCUAAUGAAUAUAUGUACUUCAGAAAAGCUCUUGAUGUAAUGAAAGGUCUAGAUGCUACCACGUUAUUGAACAAUAAGAAUAUCAUGCCAAGCGACACAAAAAUUUAUAAUGUCAGUCAGCUAGAAACAGCUAUUCAGGACCAGAUUGGAGUUGUACCUAGGAUAGAAUGUGCUUAUGACCAGAAAACCAGGAAGCACUUAGUAUAUGAGGUUGAGAUCUGCCUGUCAAAGACCUUCAAACCAGUCAGCUGUGACCAAUCCAAAAGAUAUGUUCGUCACCACCAUCAUUACAGCCCAAAUGGAUCAAAUGGGUCAAGUAAAUACAAUAGCAACUGUCCCCAUGACGGUUUCCUGUAUCCACCUAUUCCAAAGAGCAGGGAUGUCAUUGGAUAAUAGAUUAAACUUUUUUCAUCUGGCUUUUUUGUAUUAAACAUUUGUUGCGGGUGUUUAUUCAUUGUUUACCAUUAUUUGAUAUUUCAGUUAUUGGGCAUUUAAUUUACUAGUCUCUGGAGACAUUAAUCUCAUUUGUAUAUUUUGUUAAGAAGUGGUUUUUCUCACUGAUGUUUACCAUCACCAUCGUUACAGCCCAAAUGGGUCAAGUAAAUACAAAAGCAACUGUCCCCAUGACGGUUUCCUGUAUCCACCUAUUCCAAAGAGCAGGGAUGUCAUUGGAUAUUAAAUGAAAAAUGUUUUUCAUCUGGCUUUUUUGUAUUAAAAUUUUGUUGCAGGUGUUUAUACAUUGUUUACUGUACAUUAUCUGAUAUUUCAUUUAUAUAUUUGGGCAUUUAAAUAGUUUACUAGUCUUCUCAUUUGUAUGUAUUAUAAAAAAGUGGUUUUUCUCACUGAUAAUUUAUAAAAUUAAUAUUUUGUGCUAAAAGCUACUCAGGGUUCUAUUCAUGAACUGACUCAGGUCUUUUUUCAAUUCAUGCAUAUUAUAUAUUUUUGUAAUUCAAUUUAAUGUUAAUUAAAGGAAAAUAUACAGAAAA